GGCCGGCGGCGGGGGAGGCUGUUUAAAGUGGCGCUUGCGGGAUGGCGGAGCCGGCGGACUAUCCUCCGUUCCAGCUGGGGAAGCCCCGCUUCGAGCAGACUUCAUUUUAUGGCAGAUUCAGGCACUUCUUGGACAUCAUCGACCCCCGCACUCUCUUUGUGACUGAGAGUCGCCUGAAGGAAGCGGUGCAGCUGCUGGAGGAUUACAAACACGGGACUCUGCCCCCAGGAGUCACCAACAAGGAGCUGUGGGGAGCUCAAAAAAUCAAACAGGCCAUCAUCCACCCCGACACAAACGAGACCAUCUUCAUGCCUUUCCGAAUGUCAGGUUACAUUCCCUUUGGAACCCCCAUUGUUGUUGGUCUUCUCCUGCCCAACCAGACCCUGGCCUCCACUGUGUUUUGGCAGUGGUUGAACCAGAGCCACAACGCGUGUGUGAACUAUGCAAACCGCAACGCGAGCAAGCCUUCUCCGACAUCCAAGUUCAUCCAGGGCUACUUGGGAGCUGUCAUAAGUGCUGUCUCAAUAGCAGUGGGCCUUAAUGUUCUGAUCCAGAGAGCAAACAAGUUUACCCCGGCCACUCGGCUCCUGAUCCAGAGGUUUGUGCCGUUCCCUGCUGUCGCCAGUGCCAACAUCUGCAACGUUGUCCUGAUGAGGCACACGGAGCUGGAAGAAGGAAUCGAUGUGCUGGACAACAAUGGGAACAUCGUCGGCUCUUCCAGAGUUGCUGCCAAACACGCCCUGCUGGAAACAGCCCUGACCAGGGUGGUCCUGCCCAUGCCUAUACUGGUUCUACCUCCGAUCAUCAUGUCCGUGCUGGAGAAAACUUCGCUCCUGAGGUCCCGUCCCCGGAUGAUUCUCCCGGUCCAAAGCCUCGUGUGCCUCGCUGCCUUUGGCCUGGCCCUGCCCCUGGCCAUCAGCCUCUUCCCGCAGAUGUCCGAGAUCGAGACGUCUCAGCUGGAGCCAGAGAUCGCCAUGGCCACCACCAGUAAGACCGUGGUCUACAAUAAAGGGUUGUAAGUGGAAGAGGAUCAGCCCAGCCCAGAAGAUCUGGGGAAGGAAGAAGGGAAACUCCAGAUCCCGACUGGGAGAAAGAGAACAACAACGACGAGAUGAAAUCAUGGAGCUCGGUGGUAGGAACUGCUCCCGGCAGCCCGGGAGUGAAUUAACACCUGCGGAGAACUGACACCUCACACCACUCACAAAGAUUAAUAUUAAAAGUUUUAACCUAGCAACAGGAGCAGCAACUACAACAAAUAAAACCACGUCGAAACACUUUAGAACUAGCUAACAAA